UAGACACUGUACGUCAUCGGUCCAUGCGCCCGCCCGCCGGUCGCCGCCACCGCCGUAAAACUCGUGCGCGGAGCCCACCCCUCGCGCAGACCCCCAACGCCUUUUGUUUCCUCCCAUUCCAUUUUUUUAUAUUCGGCAAAUAUAUCGCGUUCGCCAGCCCAGCCGGCCCCCAACCACCCCCCACCCCCACCCCCGCCCCGACCAAAACCCAGACCCAAACCCAGGGCUGCGCGUCGUUUGAUGCGAUUCCGGCGGCGAUCCAAGGCACCACCCCCAGCGCCCCCGGCGUAGCGUUCGGCGAUCCACCCCCUCCCCCUCCCCCGGCGGGCAUGGCAGGCGGCGUCGGCGGCGGCGUCGGCGGGCCCCGCGCCUCCUCCGACAGCAAGGCGGCGCGCGCGCCCAACCCGGCGAUCGACUCCACCAUCAAGUCCAUCAAGGAGGUCGUCGGCGGCCACUCCGAGGACGACAUCUACGACGCCCUCCGCGAGUCCAACAUGGACCCCAACGAGACGGCGCAGAGGCUCCUCAACCAAGAUCCAUUUCAUGAAGUGAAACGGAAAAGGGACAAGAAAAGAGAGAGUGUUGGUCAGAAGAACCUUGCUGAGACCACAGCACAAGGUGAGCACGGCACUCAACGGACAAAGCCACACACUCAAAGGGUUGAGAUCGAUCAAAGAAGAGCACACAAUCAUGGUCAGACAUAUGGACCAAGUCGAGAAUUUCGGGUAGUGAGGGAUAAUAGACACGGUGCGGUGGAAAAUGGAGCAGAGCAACACAAAGUUUCAACAUAUAUGCAAGCGUCUGAUAGGAGUGGAGUUGUAGUUCAAUCUGAUCAAAAUCGCCCUCCACCUACAACCUCGGAAGGUCAGAUCAUGCAUCAAAGUGCAAAGAGUAGCUACAACUCUGACAUGCAUCAGAUGAAGAGGGAUGCUCAGGGUACUGCUCAGAGGCAUGCAAGGCCAUAUCUGAAGAAUUCUCAGAAUGAACACCAGUAUCCUAAUUCUGAUCUACAUCAUGCUUCAUCCAAUUACAAAGCGGCUGGAGGAUUUGUCCGAGCAAAUCGACGUGAAGCUGGAGUGGCUAAUGCUCCGAGGCAGUAUUCUGGUCGUCCAGGUUCACAGUUUCAUGGACCAAAUGAUUCUUAUCAUGCAAAUAUUCAAAGGGGGAAUUUUGCCUCAGCUGGGCCUUCUGUUCGCCGCCCGUCAUUUAUGCCUAGAAACACUCAACCCAAUCAUAGACCUGCAGUAGACACAGUAACUCGUGGCAGAUCUGUUGGUAGACCUUUUGGUAACCAAAACCACAGCAGGUAUCACCAGGGUCCUGCUAGCAACCAAAAAGUCAUACAACCAGCUAAGGAAUGGAAGCCAAAAUCGACAAAUAAGUCUUGCACCAACGACGCUGAUAACAGUGGGACAAAUGCAACAUCUCCUUUAGAUAGCAAAGCUGAAAAUGCUAAUGUGCUGGAUGUGAACAGCUCGUGUGACAAAAGUUCUCAUGCUAACGUGCAUGAGAUGGAGCAUGUGAUUAUCCCAGAGCAUCUCCGUGUGCCAGAGUAUGAGCAGACAAGAUUAAGAUUCGGCAGUUUCACUCCUGGGUUUGAUUCGCCUGAGCAUGAGCAGACAAGAAUAAGAUUCGGCAGUUUCUCUCCUGGGUUUGAUUCAGACCAAUUACCGACUUCAGCUUCUCCAGAACCGGAACAACCAGAACAUGUACAAGAACAUGUUCAACUGGUUGUCCAAGAGGAUGAGUUUGAUACUGAACAUGACGAAGUGGAUGAGCAAGUUGGAUCACAACUCACUACUAUAUCCACAUCGGCGGCAGAGAGUUCUUUACAACCAUCUGAGGAUAGUGAACAGAUGAAUGGUCAAGAAGUUGAGGAUGAUGACGGACUGGGCUUAGUUCAGAGUGAUACUCCACUUGGUGCAGCAGAUGACCAUAAUAUUCAAAGCACCUCUGGUUUGACUGCCUUUUCUGCAUAUGGUCAUGAGGAUCCUAAUAUGCAUCCCAAUAAUGAGGCACAGUUAUACGGGCUGGUUGAGCCUAAUGUGCACCAACAAGUGUUGGCUUCAUCUUCUCAGCAGGGGUAUACUUCGGUGAAUCCAGGAGCAGAUAAUGCUGUGCAAGUAUUCAGAAUGCCAGAACCCAGUGUUCAUUCACAAGUUCUCCCUUCUGCAUCUGAGGCCCUAAGUUCACAGCUUGCGAGCAGCAGCCCUAUUGCAAUGUCUACACAACAGCAACAUAUGUCCCAGCAACAACAAGCAGCGCAGAUGUACCCUCCAAUGCACGUGCAGCAUUAUCCGAAUUUCAUGCCAUAUCGACAUCCUCUCUAUUCUCCAGUUUAUGUCCCACCCAUGGCCAUGCCAAACUAUUCAGCAAAUGUCCCUUAUCCGGCAAAUGGAAAUAAUUAUCUUCAGAUGGCCGGUGGGGGUUCACAUUUAACUGCAGGCCAAGUGAAGUAUGGAGUUUCACAAUAUAAACCAGUCCCAGCUGGUAACCCUUCUGGUUAUGGAAAUUACACUCAUCCAGCUGGUUAUACAAUUAGUUCUCCUGGUGUUAUUGGAGCUGGAGUUGGUGUUGACGAUGUCAAUAGGAUGAAGUACAAGGAUAACAACAUUUAUGCGCCAACCCCACAGGUAGAGACAUCUGAUAUCUGGAUUCAGAAUAGAGAGAUCCCAACUUUGCAGUGCCCCCCAUAUUACAACUUAUCAGGUCAAGCAACACCUGGUGCCUAUAUGCCAAAUCCUGGGAAUGCAUCUUUCAGUGCUACAGCUCAAUCCUCUCAUGCACAAUUCCCUGGCAUGUACCAUCCGCAGCAGCCUCCCUCAAUUGUAAGUCCACAUCCCAUGGUGCAUCAACAGGUCCCAUCUGCCAUUGGUCCCAAUGUUGGAGUUGGUGUAGCUGCACCAGGUCCCCAAGUGGGGGCAUAUCAACAACAGCAGCUUGGUCAUAUGAAUUGGAGACAGCCCAACUUUUAAAGAUGGUUUCUUAAUUAUCUGUAAUUAGGGGGGUCACAAGAGCCUUUAAUGUAACAACAAUUGGCUCCUUUUAACAGGAACCACCUCUGUUUUCUAGUGCAGCUCUGUCUGAUCUAUUUAAGGUUUAACAAGUUUUUGUUAGCUUUUC